UGCAAAGAGUAGUUAACCAUAGAUGAGUUCUGCGUUCCAUUAGCUCUACAGUGGCGCACUUUACUACUUGACCCCGUCAUCAUCUCUAUCAAUUAUUGUCAACAGAAAUAUGUCGCUGGUACCACCAGGGGGCGCCGACUCUCCGAGCCCCCGGCGCGCCGUCAGCCCUCUGCUGGAGAUGAGGAGACCUCACUGCACCCUCGCCUGCGACUACUGCGCGGCUGUCUUGGAAGACAAGUUCAAACGCAGUGCGGAGAUGCGUAACCGUGGCACGUCUCCUCUGUCAGCAUCUCCAAGGCAAUCGCUUACUGGGGAACCACCCUGGACUCUGCCAGAUGACGACAGACCAGACUUCUCGGCUCUCAAGGAGAACAUACACAAAAUCAACAAGGACUGCGAAACAUCAACCAGGUUGGACAUGCUUCUCACUCAAGUUGAACAAUAUGCCAACAAUCUGGAGGCUCUAGUGGAAGAACGGACUUCCGACUACCUUGAAGAGAAGAGGAAAUGCGAAGAGUUGCUGUACCAGUUACUACCCAAAUCAGUAGCCUCUCAGCUGAUCAUGGGCCAGCCAGUGAUGGCCGAAACAUAUGAUCAGGUCACCAUCUACUUCAGCGACAUAAUCGGAUUCACGCAGCUGUCAGCUGAGUCGACGCCACUCGAGGUCGUUGACCUUUUAAACGAUUUAUACACCAGUUUCGAUUCCAUCAUAGAAAAUUUCGAUGUUUAUAAGGUGGAAACCAUUGGGGAUGCUUACAUGGUGGUAUCUGGUCUUCCUAUGAGGAAUGGCAACAGGCACGCGGCCGAGAUUGCUCGCAUGUCGCUAGCGCUUCUAGGUGCUGUGCGCGUUAAAACGGUUCCGCACCGACCUGGGGAGAAGUUGCUUCUAAGGAUCGGAAUGCAUUCAGGUCCGUGUGUUGCCGGUGUAGUCGGUCUGAAGAUGCCACGAUAUUGUCUCUUCGGUGACACAGUCAACACAGCGUCCAGAAUGGAAUCGCACGGCGAAGCACUAAAAAUUCACGUCAGUCCAAAAACCAAGGAGGUCUUGGAUCUUUACGAUUGCUUCGAGCUGGAAUGCAGAGGAGAAAUCUCAAUGAAGGGCAAGGGCAAGAUGACUACAUAUUGGCUAAUCGGAGAAAAAUCAAGCAACAACAACGACUCACCUCAACAAGUGAACCAUACUCAAAAUGUCAUUGCAAACCCAAGCAUCACAUUUCAAGGGCCCGAUAGUCCUGCAUCCCAUUCACUAACACAAAGCCAUAGUUCAGAACGACUCAAUGAUACUAAAGACACUAACAACCAGACCCCAUAUGAAAUUCAAAGUGAACGAGAUCGCAUCAAACAUGAAAUAGCAACAUUCGUUGCUAAAGACCUUAUUCACAACAUCGAUAACGCAGUAAGAGAAUUCAGGAAAUCUCAAAGCGCAAAUUUUGCAGCGGUCACCAGUGUUACUAAGCCUAUGUGUAAUGGUAAAGAAAAAGGCCUAAUAACCCCGACUUAUGACAAAGAAUUGGUAAUCAGCAAAGGCAAAGUACGAGAUGUUGUUAAAAAAUUUAACAAUUGUGUAGUGAGCGAAGUGUCCAACAAAACCACAAAAGCGAAAGCAUUGAAAUCCGAAGACUGAAUUAAAUGAGUUUAUUUUUCUCUUUAUUCUCUCACCGGUCCAACUAGAGUGACUCUUGAAAUCAGAUUUGAUAUCCUGACAAAAUUUUAUUAGGACGUUGUAUUUUAUUGUGCCAAGCACACAAAGACAAGAAGAAAUUUAUUUUUAAGUCUAGUUAAUAACGUUAGAUUCGAACGAUUAAAAUGUAUUUACAUAAGUAUCGAAAUAUACUCUGACGAGCAAAAAUAAAGAUAUGGCAAAAAUACAAAUACCGUAUGCCUAAUAUCAGAUAACAUUCCCUUGACAUCGUAAACGUCAUUUACAUGCACAGGAAAAUAAUAUUUUGAUGAAUUAGUACUGUCCGGUGCUUUAACUUUGCUUGUCAGUAUUGUUCGUAUGUAGUAAUGGGUGACCAAUUUACCCUCCGAAUUUUAUAAGUAAAUUUUCGGUGUUUAGAAUAUACCCGUAGGCUUAGAAAGGAGACCGCCACCGCGCUCUAUUUGAAAGAUGUAGUGAGAUAUUGUGUGAAUAUAUAAAAUAUAGGGAGAACUAUUGUAUUAUACACUUUAGCCCCUGUAGUAUUUUUACUGACCUUUUAUACUUCCGUACCUUUCUAAUCUAUGGUUAAGUUAAUGGAAUAAAAAUUAGGUCCUACCCUUUCAUCUGUCGUCCUUUGAUUUGAUAAAGUUAUAGUAUGUAUAGAGAGUUAUUUAAAUUACACAUAUUUAUAAUUACUAAUGAAAAUACUAUUUAUGUAUUUGUAGAUAUUUGAAUGAAAUUUUUAUCUUUGACAUGAUUGUUAAUUCUGUUUAAGUUUAUUAAAUGAAUAUUAUGAGAAUGUUUAUGAAGAUCUUGUUAUUUCCUUCAAUAUAAAUGGUAUAAUUUUGAAGCAAAGUAGAAGUUUAAUAAAUAAAGAGAAAAUAUUUAUAUAGAAAAUAUCUUUUAGUUGGAAAAUAUUUUUUGUGUUAGAUGAAUGGA